GUCCUUCCAUGUCCUCCUCUCCACCUUUCCUCCUAUACUCCCAUGCCUACCGCCUCUUCGCUCCGUCUAGACCAGGUUUCCAGCGCUUGUGGAGUUUCUCCUGAUGGCAUUGCGCAGCAAGAUAUCGACGAUCUGCUAUCUGGCAUAACAGCAGAGGACCUAGAUGACUUUGCUUUUGCAGAGGAUGAGAAUCGUCGAGAAGAUGGUCCUGGAACUGCUGAACGAACAAUGGUGGUAGAUUUCAAGCCGCCGCAUGUGAAGGCAGAGGAAUGCGUCUCACCAGCAAAAGGUGUUGGCUUUUCAACCGCUAGAGGGAAAGCCAUUUCAGCACCAUCCAAAGCGGCUUUAGAAAAAGCCAAAAGAUUAUGGCAUCAAAUUGCGGAAGAUGGUGACGAAGAAGGAUCAUCGGCUAACUCUUCAUCUAAACACCAACGGGCCAGUGUUUCAAUCGAGGAUAAGCCUACUGCUCUCUCUGCUGCUUUUCAGACUGGACGAAGCGCACCUGACUCUAACUUUUUAUCUGCGCCUAGCAAGGAAGAGCAUAUGAUCUUUCGAGGACCCACUUUAUUUCAUUCCCCCGUAUCCUCAUCAUCCAUGAUUCCUAUAAUCCCAGAACCUCAACCAGGAACUAAGGCAGCAGAUUUUAGAAUGGGAUUCCAGACCGGUCGCGGUACCUCUGUCGCGGAGCCUUCUUCUUCGGCGAAACGAAAGGCACUCAGUAUGUUCGCCGAAAUCGAAUCAACGGCGGACUAUUUAUUAGAUAUCUCUAGCGCGCCUGAUAACCCUCAAUCAGGAGUGCCAUCAAGUUUCCGUCUGGCAUCUGGGAAGUCGGCGCCUACGCCAAAUCGUUCCAGUGUCGCAAAAGUGAUGCCUUUAUUCGAAGAUAUCAAGUCCAGUUCCUCGCCUCGAUCUAUGCCCUCACGACCAUUGCGAUCAAGCGUUCAACAUCAGCUUCCAACUUCUCAGCCCUCCACGCCGCUCAGAAAACCCCUCACAACUACCACGAACACAUAUUCGGGCAAGACUAAGAGCAACGCUAUUAAAACUCCCGCUACUGGUCCUCGAAGAAUAGGCCUUGGGGUGACAUCUACAGCCCCGCGGUCAAGGCCCAAGUUCGUAACCCCAUUUCGGACUACUGCUAUCCCGACCAAAGGAUCCAUAACUCCCAAUUUACAAAUUCAAACGAGCCUAUACAAUCCCGUCUUCGAUUUGACGAUGCCGUCACAACGAUUAUCCUUGAAGCAAUAUCAUCUACAUCCCCAGUACAACACAUACGAAGAACUAGCAGAAAUGGGAAUCCCGGAUGACAUUUGUGCGAUAUCUCCUGCAACAGCUCAAUAUUACCGAUUCAUAUCCAACGACAAUACCCAUGUUGGCACAGGUGAAGCCUUAGCGAUGAUGCGUCGAUGUGGCUGUGCGCUCGCCACCGCAGAAUGGAUUAAAAAUCAUUGGGCGCAAAUAUUAUGGAAAUUGGCUGGUGAAGUUCAGGCGAGACCGGAUUUGCUUACGGAAAAAUGGUCGUGGGAAGAAGUUAUAUCACAGCUUAAAUAUCGAUAUGAGCGUGAGUUUGGUGUCGCACAACGGCCACUUGUUAGACGAAUACUGGAGCGUGAUUCAUCCCCGAGCUUGCCCAUGGUGCUGCUCGUAUCUAAAAUUCAUUCAACCGAUGGGAAAGACGGUUCUGUUGGUUUCCUUGAGUUGACUGACGGGUGGUACUGCAUCAAUGCGCAAAUUGAUGACUGCCUCAAGCGCGCAGUAGAUAAGGGAAAGAUUGUCGUUGGACGCAAACUCGCUAUCACAGGGGCAAAAUUACAAUCAAGUAACGAGGAAGCCGAUGUUUUUGAAGCUCAUAAGACAUGUCGGCUUGUCCUCUCAGGUAACUCUACGUCUUUGGCCAGGUGGCAUGCCCGAUUAGGCAUGCAAUCCCAACCAUACGUUUCUGGCCUAUCAAGUCUGUCAGUCGAUGGUGGGGUAAUAACUUUAAUGGACAUUGUAAUUGAACGGCUUUUCCCCAUUGCUUUCACGAAUGGUGAUCGCAAUAUAAAAGAGUCGCCAUGGAAUGAAGAGGAGGAGAAAAGACGCCAGGACAAAUGGAAGGAACGAUAUUGGUCGGAGCGGACAAGACUCAUGGAGAGGAAAGAAAAAGAAGUCGAAAAACUGAGGGAACUCGGGACGCUUUUGUCUCAAUACGCUGUUGAAGCAAGUCUCGCUGAGUGGCAAGAAGAAUCAUCUGAUACUAUGGAAAAUGAGUUCGAAGAACUGCUUCAUGCCAAAGAUCUUCCGCUCAGAGUGAGAAAUUUUUCAUCGAUUCAAAUUUCACAUCUCGCACAUUAUGCCCAGCUACGUCUGAGUAGCGAGAUGGAAGAAUUGAGGAUAGAAGUUGAGGCAGAAUUAGAGACGAUAUGUCCCCCUCGUGACGUUCGAGACUUCCGAAUGGUUAGAUUCAAAGACGGCCAAGAGGGACAUCGAGAGGCGUUUCGUAAGGGCAUGUUGAGUGUGUGGGAUGCCAGCGCUUUAGGGUCGACCACACUGAAAGAAGGAAAGCGCUACCUUGUGUCAAACUUGGUUCCAGGAAAAAGUGGAGAUUGGAGAGUCGGUCGACGGCAAUCUAGUAUGGCAGAAGUCUAUCUACAUACUCGAAGAGACACCCGCUGGGUCGCGUUGUAGUGCCAGCCUUCUCAUUUAAGAAUUCUUUCUGCGACAUUUUAGAUAUUUGAUUUGUCAUGAAUCACCACCACAUGUACGUUACAUUGUCCAUAGUCUAUGAGUCUUCACAUGUAUAUCGUUAG